ACAGUUUUCUUAGCCCCUUAGACUCUCUAUCCCUUACAAUAUCUGGACGCAAGAAACUUCCGAAUAGGAAAAGGAAGAUAAUAAACGCGGACCUUUGUCCUCCAAGACGCUAUGUGCCAGCAGGAAAAUAUCGCUCUAAUGUUCCUGCGUCUCUCCCCAGCUUCGUCUCAGUUAGGGGAAAGAUGACCAUCUGCGCCCGAAUUAGGUAUUACACAUGUCACAGACUCAUUGCAGCUGUCGUCAUCUCAUGUCUGGUAACGACAUCAGUGCUUCUUGUGCCUCUUGUGAGUCUACUUUCCAGGAGCAUCGAUGCCAGCCAGGUGAAGUACGGUUACAAGCUCACCUACAAGACCUGGCUCGAUCACCUGUGCCCACGCAGUCAGAUCAGAAAUGCCCCUGCACAGCAACUGAAGUGGGAGCCUCCUUCAGCGCAGACCAUCUUCUUCAUGCAGACGUCUUGUGCCAACGCGCUCACCGCUCGAGAGGCUUGUGCAGUGGAGAGCUUCGCGCACCAUCAUCCUGAUCGUCCCAUUCUUCUUCUCAUGACGUCAUUGACCAUCAACCAUACCAACCCCGUCAUGCAGACGUUGCUCCAGCUGCCUAAUUUUCGAGCUGCUUACCUGGAUCUCGACGUCGUGUUCAGCGAGGAGCCCCUUCGCACCUGGCACAGAGACAAGAACUGGCUCUUCGUCGAAAAACGGGCGGGCAUGGCACUGAGCGACGCCAGUAGAUCGGAGAUCCUGCGUCGGUACGGAGGCACGUACACGGACCUGGACGCCAUCGCGCUGCGUCCUCUGCCGAAUGGCACGAACUGGCUUGCAGAAUUUUAUGGCGGUCGGGUAACCGCGGCCCUGUCCAGCUUCUUGCCAGGACACAGCCUCUUCCAAAGAGUGGUGGAUGCAAUACCACGGGUGUUCGACCCGUAUGCAUGUUGUUCCAUUGGACCCGACCUGGUCACUGCCGAGAUGCGACACCUGUGUCCAGACACUUUCAGCAGCAUCGUUACGGAGGACCUGCAAGGACCCGCCGUCUGCAGUGACAUCACAGUGCUUCCUAUCAGCAACUUCUAUCCUAUAAACUACGAAAUGGGACCUCGCGGAUUUUCGCAGUUGCUUCGAUCAGGAACUGGCCAGGAGUUCCUGAAGAACACGAAUGCUUACUCACUCCAUCUGUUUAGCUCGCUUACUGCCAGAGACGUGCUAUAUCUCGGUGGGGGCUCUAUUUUGGAGGAAGUGGCAAAGAAAUACUGCCCGAAAGUGUUUAAAAUUCAGCGAAGUAUCAGUGAUGUAAUAUAAAUAAGCCAUGAUCGAAACACGCUGAUCAAUAUUGCACUGAAUGAAAUCAGGACGAAUUGUUUAGUCCUAUCAGUGAAUAACAAUAAUGUAUUUCCGAAUCAGUAAACCACUAAAUUCUCUUUUAGAUUGUUUUCAAAUUUUGUAUGCUUGUUUCUUAGACGUUGUCAAUACACCCUUUGCAGCUGUAGU